AUGGCGGAAUUGGAUGCUGCUGUGUCAAAAAACCGAAAAACGGAGCAGGUUAAAAUGGCGAAGGAAGCGUGCAUUUGCCUCGUGUCGUAUAAAAAGUUGUUCGUGAUCAAACUAAGCAAUUUAAAGAAACAAGAAGUUGAUGUCAAAGAUUGGAAUUGUUUGCCUCCACCAGAGUUCGAGUUCGAUUUCCAUUUCAAACUUGCAAAGCUUGAUUUGUGUCCUUUCGAGUUCGACUCCAAGAUCUAUAUGGCGGUGUCCGAGGACCCGGGUAGAAUCGGGAGUGCGAGUGUCUCCUGGCCUAUCUACGAAUUCAAAUUUGGGGAUGGGGAGGGCAGUUUUGAGCGUGCGGAAUCACUGGAUGAUGCACCGCUCCCUUUUGUCAAAGCAUUCAUCGCAAACACGCCAGGCUCCGGCGAUGUUUACUUCUGUAUGAAAUCAAAGGGCAAAGCUUCACCUGACUGUUACGUUCUUUGUUCUGGAUCUAGAACUUGGAAACCCUUAAUCGCUCCUCCGACCGUCAGCAACCCACCUUUCCGAUAUAACAUGUUCGUCCUCGACAACAACCUCUUUCUUUCAUGGAGGGGAAAUAGAGACACCUGUUUGGCCCGCUUCGACCCCAUAAAAGAGAAUUGGACGACUGAGCCGGCCUCUGAGAACAAUCUUUCGAACUUCAUAAAGGAUAGGCUCAUUAACGGUGAUAACUACUUUCGUUUUAUUUGUCUCCCGUACAUUUCUGUGUCCCUUCCGGGUCUUGGCAGCCGCAACUACACCGUUUGCCUCACAAAUGAGUUUGUGAAUGAAUCUCCUCCUGAGGCACCUUUGCACAAGGUCUUGGCCAUUCUCGUUAACCCCCAGAAUGGCCGUGUUGCAUUAUAUCAAUACCUUGAUGAGUGUUUUGAGGGUAUUUAUCCCAGUGUGGGAGAAGAGGACAGGUUCAAUUUUGUUGACCUUGGCAACGGGAAGCUGUGUGCAAUACUCUCUGGAGGUCUAUAUGGUUCCAAAUCUAAUUCAUUGGCGCUAUGCUUCUCAGUUUUCACACUGUCAGUGGACUUUGCAGCAUUGCAACUUGAGGUUGGGGCUCCUCCCAUGGAGCGAGAUUUCUUACAAGUGACUGUCCAUAAGAAGAGUGCCUAUACCAUGGGGAUCUCCAUGCUUUCUGAUCGUAUACGCCACGCGUUUGUUUGGCCACCUACUAAGGGAAGAAGAUUUUACCAUAAGACAACUAUGACAUAGUCAUGUUCCUAAACAAAAUAAGCUAAAGUCACAUAACCCCCCAACCCCCAAUUUCGAAACCUAGCUUCUCUCAGUCUCGCCCUCGCACAAUCUCACAGUCGCUCUCUGCUGCUCUCAGUCUCGCCCUCGCAGAGUCGCAAUCCCACCAGCCGCCAGCAACGAAGCCUUCUUCCCAGUUCCCAGCGAGCACCGACCCAGCAGGAAGCAGCGUUCUUCCCAGCAGCGCCCAGCGUCGCCAGCGAGCACCGACCCAGGAACGUUCUUCCCAGCAGCUCUAAGCCACCGACCCCAGUUCCCACCGAGCCUCCAUCGUCUUCUGUAAUGGAGGCUAAGCCUCAUGAAAAUUGCUUCUGAUUGCUGGUUCACUAGUUCAGUGGGUUUCUCUCCAUGCAUCAAUCCUAGACCACAUGUUUUUUGUGUGAUGGCAUGCACAUUAAGAAGACCUUCAACCAAAAAAUUGACCUAAAGCUCUUUAUAUAAGGAAGAUAGCUUUUGUUCAUUUAUCAUGCAGAAAGCACUAUGGGAACGUCCUGUAUAUUGAGGCUGCAGAAAAUGGCUGCCAUCUUUACCAACUAUUCCUGAAGUGUAGAACUAUUGAAUAGUUGUAAAAUUUUUGCAGUUAAUAUUAUUUACAACUCUUACAACAUUUUCUGAGAGGUUCUGGGUUGUGUGUAUCUACUAAAUAAUAUCAAGGAUGUUUACUUGCUUAAAUUUUUAAAAGUAAUAGCAGGGAGAACCAAUAGUUGUUAACUUUCA